UUCUUCUUGACUCGACUUGUACGUAAUUGUGUCGACAUGCAUGUCGGAGCCAUGAUCUGACAAGUGUCAGGCCGACUCAGGUGCCGUCAAAUACUAGUACAUUUUAUCAUUCAAGAGUCCGUAACGACUCCCUGGCCUGCUACUUAUUUUGCUCCAUGUGUUUUCUUGUGCAACCAAAGCUGGCAAAGGGAAAGAAGGGCUUGCCGUGGCACGUGCACUAACCACCACGAAACGUUGUGCUCUGGCAUGGGCAAGUAAGUGAUUUGCCACUGUAGCUUGCACAUUUUACUUCUACAUAAUAUAAGUAACUAGUUAUUUUUACUAUUUUAGUUGUAGGCCACUAAACUUCUCAAAGAAGCACCCCCCGGCUGCGAAACAACAAUUAGUUUAAUUACUUUGAAUAGCUUUUCACACGCUCUAGCUAGGAGCCUACUUUAGUCGUACUGUAAGAAGCGCAGUAUCUGUGCAGGAUGCCUGCCAAACGGAAAACAACACGUCUUGAAGAGGACCCCGCUGCUAAAAAGCAGAAGGCAGCGGACCCAGCUGCUGCGUGUGCCAGUGCAGUGGCUACUCCUAGUGCUACCUCAGUAGAUGAUUUCUGCUUGCUUGAUCAUCUGACUGACUCUACCUGGAAAGAGUGGCUGGCACCAGAGUUCGGCAAGCCCUAUUUCAAAGAAGUGGAGACAUUCUUGCGCCAAGGGUACAGCAGCAAACAGGAGAUCUUUCCACCGCAGUCCUUGAUCUUCAAUGCUCUCAACACGACACCGCCGGACCAGGUGAAAGUCGUUCUACUUGGCCAGGACCCGUAUCACGACAACGGCCAGGCCCAUGGCCUGUCGUUUUCAGUGCAGCGUGGCGUGGCCAUACCGCCAUCACUGCGCAAUAUCUACCAGGAGCUGAGUGAAGACAUCGACAGCUUCACCAAGCCGCAGCAUGGCAAUCUACAGCACUGGGCCGAGCAAGGUGUAUUGCUGCUGAAUGCCACCUUGACCGUGCAGGCACACAAAGCAAAUUCGCACAGUAAGAUUGGCUGGCAGAAAUUCACCGAUGCUGUCAUCAAGACUGUUAACGAGAAAGCCGAGCAUUCGGUGGUGUUCCUGCUCUGGGGUGGUUUUGCCCAGAAGAAAGCGUCAUUGGUGUCUGCAAGACAUUGUGUUAUUAAGACUGCACAUCCAUCGCCACUGUCUGUGACAAAGUGGCGUGGCUGUCGGUGCUUUUCUGCGGUCAAUGAUGCACUGUCCUUAGCGGGACGAGAUCCUAUUGAUUGGAAAAUCCCGGAAUAAAAGUUCAAUAUGGCUGAAUAAAGGUCCAAGGACUUACAGGUGUUUGAUGAUGACAGGUCCUUCUGCGCUGAAAAGAAACUCACAAUUUAACACAUUAUAAACUCCAAUCUCUACGGAAGCUUUUUAAUUACAAACUUAGUUCCAACUAUGUUUCGAUUACUAGUAUUCUUUUUCUUUUUGUUGAGAGAUUAGAAUGAAUAUUAGGAUUUAUCCCACCAUGUAUCAAUUGAACACAAUUCGAACUGCUCUAGAUGUGGCUUACAGUAUACUUUGCCGUACUAAUCCUCAACCUGCCAUAGCCUCUUGUAUGAGUGUGUAGGGCUGGAUGGAUACUUGGAUGAACUAUUGUUGGUCGGUAGCUUGGCCGGAUUGUCACUGCGUGAUGAAUGUACAUGUAGAUGUUUUGGUGCUGUGUGUUUGGCAUUGCAGCUGGGCAUUGAUUAUCCAAACACAUUAGUCAACUGAAUCACUGUUCUGGCCUCUAGCUGAACUGCACGAUAUCAGUUGGAGAUGAAGUACUAGUACUAGCUGCUACAUGUGUAGCAAUUAUCGGACGA